GCAUGAAGUCUUAGCCACUGGACCACCAGGGAGAUCCCAGAAGAUGCUUAAAAUGGAAGAAAAGCUAGGUAUCUGGCAGGAAUAAAAAGUAGUCAUGAUGUAUUUAUCAUCUGUCAUAUGUGUGAUCUUGUUUUACUAACAUAACCGUAUAUAAUCCUUAUAACAGUCCUCCCCGAGGUAAGUAGGUAUGUUCUGUUUUACACUCGAGUAGAGGAACUUGAUAAAGUAAGAGGCACAACCAGGAGUUGAUCCAGGUCUGUCUGGCCUUAGAGACCAUUUUCUACCUCAUACCAACUCUUGUGAGGAUUCAUAGAGGGAGCAUAUUAUAAUUCACGGGGUCUAUAGCACACCCAGCACUGAGCACGUCCCUAUCUGGAGGUGAUGACCCUGCAGCAUUUUUUUCUCUGCAGGGCCUGCAUCCGCCAUCUCCUUUGACUGUGCCCGUGAGAGAGGACAGCAUGACAUAAGCACGUGGUGGGCGAGGAGGUGGAGGCUCGCGGUCGCUCUUGUCAUACGGUGCCUGGGGGGCACAGUUUGGCUCAGAGUGUCAGACGGCCCCCACCCUUCAGAUAGUAGAACACUGCAAGUGGGAGAUUCUGAGCUGUUACACUGUUCUCCGGAGUUGUUGGCAGCUACCCUGUGCCAGUGAGGCAAUCCCCUAGAAGUCUGUUUGUUCUCCUCUGCUUACUGCUGGCUGACAGAUAUUGAAAAUGAGCCAAGAAAAAAUUGAAAUAUUUGAAAUUGAGUUGUCAGAAGAGAGAGAAAGAAAAAAGCAGUUGACAUCUAAUCUUAAUGCUGAGCAGAGAGCUUUGGAAGUUGAAAGUGAGGAAUUGCAAAAAUCAAAGUCAGAACUUACAUGCCUUUGUCGUGAAAUUCAAAGUCUUCCAGGUGCAGCAGAACACAGAGACCAUUUGUUAAUAGCACAUGACCUGCUACAAAGAGAGAAUUCUGAGUUAGAAACAAAGGUCUUGAUGCUUUUACAAGAAUUUGAGCAAUUAAAUCAUUUUACUGUAGGGAAAAAAACUGCAGCUGCUAAUUUAAUUACAAGUGAAAAUACCUGUAAAGAUCUUGUGCCUAAAAUACCAGUUUUGGGAGUAGAUAUUCAAAGCCUGAAGGAAGAGGAAGAGGAACUCUGUCCCGAACUAGGAGAAAAUAUGCAGAAGGAAGUUCCAGAGAAGGCAGUAAAGGAGGGCACUUUUCCAAGAGAGGGACAGAAGGAGGAGGACUCACAGCAGAACCAAGAAAUGACAAAUGAAGAACAGCAGUUGACCUUGCAGCCUGAGGAAGUUAUGAGGCUCAGAGAAGAGCUGAGCCUUAUGAAUCAGAGCCUUCUUCAGUCUCAGAGCUCUGGGGAUACCUCAGAAGACAGUAGUGCCCAGUAUCCACCAUCUGGAGAAAAACUGAAAUACCAGCAAGAGGAGGUACAACAACUUCACCAGAAUUUGCACCGGCUCCAGACUCUAUGCAGUUCAGCAGAAAAAGAGCUUCGAUAUGAGCGAGGAAAGAACUACGACUUAAAGCAACAUAAUAGCAUACUUCAGGAAGAAAGCAUUAAGAUCAAAAUUGAACUCAAGCAGGCCCAGGAAAAGUUAUUAGACAGCUCAAAGAUGUGCUGUUCACUCACGGCUGAGUGGAAGCACUGUCAGCAGAAAAUCAGGGAACUGGAGCUGGAAGUACUUGAACAGGCUCAGAGCAUUAAAUCACAGAACAACCUACAGGAAAUGCUGGCUCAGGAGAAAUCUAAAGUUGCUGAUGCAGAGGACAAGAUUUUGGAUCUGCAGCAGAAGUUAGAACAUGCUCAUAAAGUCAAUCUGACAGACACUUGUAUUUUGGAGAAGAAGCAAUUAGAGGAAAGGAUAAAAGAAGCAAUAGAAAAUGAAGCUAAAAUAAAGCAACAGUAUCAGGAAGAACAACAGAAGAGGAAACUCCUAGAUCAGAAUAUGAAUGAGCUACAGAAGCAAGUGAAAAUCUUACAGGAAAAAGAGAGUCUACUGGAAAUGACCAGUUCUCAGCAACAAAUCAAACUUCAGCAACAAAAGGCCCAACUUAAAGAACUGGAAAAUGAAAAAAGAAUAUCUGAUGAGCAUCUCAAGAGCAACCAGGAAUUGUCAAAGAAGCUGUCUGUGUUGCAGCAGGAGAAGGAAGCUCUAUGUGAAGAAAAUGAGCACCUUUUGAAGCAGUUUGAUCUCUAUAUGAGAAACUAUAAUCAGAAAUAUCAAUACUACAAAGUCAAGCUGCACAGAGUCAAGGAUCGUUUAGUUGAUGAAGUAGAACUCCGAGAUGAGAGAAUCAAACAACUCGAAAAUGAGGUUGGAGCCCUGCGGCAGCAAAUGGAAAAGGAAAAGGCAUUCCAGCACCAAAUCACCACCCAAAAUGAUAUCCUGCUUCUAGAAAAAAGGAAACUUCUGGAGCAGGUCACAGAACAAGAAACAUUGAUUAACAGCAACAAGUGGAUGAUAUCUUCUGUCCAGAGCAGAGUACUUGUCCUGGAUGAAGAAAAUAAGCAGCUACAGAAAAACAGUCUCCAGCUGACACAGGAGGUUGAUCUCCUAGAGCAUAUCAUAAAGAGCAUCCAGAUCCACAGAGGGGAGGAAACAACAGUUUGUGACAUCCGUGAAUCUGAAGUAUUGAAUAAAAUCAUGUACUUACCAAACUCCAGUUUUUCAGGAAUGGGUUCAGUAGAGUCCGCUGGAAGUCUUCAAGAGACUGAAGAACAGAGGUUAGAAGAAACAGUGGCAGACCCCAAGUCCCUCAAGUCCCUUUCCUGUUCACAGAAUUCUGAAGCUGGAUACAUAAACAUGGCUUCUGUGAAAGAAACACAUCUCAUUCAAAAAUAAAACGAAGUCAGAUCUAGAAAAUCAUCAGUGUCUAAUAGACUGAUCAAAGCUGCUAACCUGAAGCUUGGGUGUGCAGGUGGAACAUGACAUGGAGAAGAGUUUGGGCAGGUCCUCACUGGACAUCAACCAGGAAUCUUCAAAAUUGUUGACAAAUUCAUUAAACCUGUUCUACAAAUGGAUUUCUCAAGUUUUUUUUGGUAUCCUCUAAUGCCUUGUAUUGAUCUAUGUCAUGACAUAAAUUUAGUGGUUUAAUAAGGUUGUUGUUCAGCAGAGCACAUAUACAGCUAAUUCAGCAUUCUAUCUAUUCUUAUUAUCAUGGGUAUUAUUUUUUAAUUUAAAAGAAAAAAUAAUGUAAUCACCUUAAAGCAAAUAUUUGAGAAAGAAAAAAACCUAUAAAGCCCACAUUUUUGACACAACUACUUUCAUUUAUCCUUUCCUGGUUCUUAUUCAAAUGUACAUAUUUUAAAUGAUUAUACUAUAUAUUCAUUUUCAGUCUGAUUUUAAAUUUAAUAUGUCAUAAAACAUUUCCCCAUAUUUCA